CAAACUGAUGAAACCCAGUAGUGAGACUGAUUUCUUUUGCUUAUUUCAAUGUACAGAUAUUUUGUAGUAUGUUGCAAACCAGCAGUGUAGAUUGUCCAGUUUGUGGGCGCUCGUUUUCAGCCUCGUUUGUGAACGAACACGUGAAUAAGUGUCUGAACAGUCAAGAUAUUGAAUUGCAAAGCAAUGGAGGCAGCGGACAACAUGAAAAGGGCAUGUUAGCAAAUAGUCUUCUCAAAGGGAACACUAAAUCUCCAGAUGGAUCAACAGUCAGAAAAUCGAAAAAUGAAAAGGCUUCCAACAGCUGGUUUGGUAGUCCUCCGACAAACGCCUUGAAAAGGAGUUCUUCUAAUUUGGCGGGAAAAGCAAGUACGGAUUCUUCUUCGAAAAGGUUGAAGUUGCACCAAAAUGGUCAAGAAACGCAAAAUAAAGUAACAGAGGAGCUCCUUUCUCUCCAACACUCUAGUUCACCAUCUCUCGGCCAAAAGAAAGGCAUAGAACACAACAAGGGGCAAAAAUCGAAAAGCAGUCAAUUUACUCCAUUAGCUGAAAGAAUGCGGCCUAAAACAUUAGCAGAGUAUGUCGGUCAAACCCAGGCUGUUGGAAAUAACAGUCUUUUGAGGACUUUACUUGAGGCUGAUGAAAUUCCAUCCAUGAUCUUUUGGGGACCCCCUGGCUGUGGAAAGGUAUUUCAAGAAAUAUCACAAAAAAGCGUGUUGGAAGGGGGGGGAGGGGGGAGGGGAAGAGAUGGAACUCCUCUCUAAAAUGACAGAAGUGCCCAAUUUGCUCUUGAAGAGACAAAUUUUUAUUAACUAAGACCCCUCUGCACUUUAUUAGAGGAGUGCCUCCCCCCUAAUGAAAACGCCUAUCUACUCACCCUUCCUUCCCCCCCCCUCCUAGUGAGUGACCAUUUGGAAAGGUUGUGAAAAAUCCUCACAUCGUAAAUUGUAAAUCAUCAAACAAAAAUGAACAAAUAAUAUCACAGUUAAGGCUACAAUCUAGCAAUAUGAGCUCACUAACCUUAUAAAAAUUUAAUUCUCUUUAUGCACAAAAUAAUGGGUAAAAUCAUAUUGGUCAUAUUAAUCCAGUGUAUAGAAUCUAAGCUGUCCUCUUUUUGGUUAACUUUUGUUAUGGAGUUGUCUCAAGGUUAUCAUUAAGACUAGAAUAUUAGGUUUAAACAGUUUUUUCCCCCCCCUCCUCUCUAGGGUUGGUGCUUUGGUGGAUUUUUUAUGGCAUUUUAUAUACUUCUUACAGAUCACUUUCACCCCUAACAGUGCCAUUUGGCAAAAAGUUUCAAAACUUUGGCCUGUUAUAAUUUUCAGACCACCUUGGCUCAUAUUAUAGCCAACUCUGCUAGAAUCAAUGGCAAGGCAAGGUUUGUGCAACUGUCUGCAACCACUAGUGGUAUAAAUGACGUCAAGGAAGUUGUCAAAGUGGCUCGGAAUGAACAGCAAAUGUUCAAGCGCAAGACAAUUUUGUUUGUGGAUGAGAUACACAGAUUCAAUAAGUUACAACAAGUAUGUAACUAUAUUUUGAUGUUUAAACAAUCAAUACUAGGAAUUGUCCUUAUUAACUGCUAUAGGAAAAGGCUUUGAUUGGCUUUAUUAUUGCUUGAAAGUGACCUUUAUUUGCUCCUAAAAAAAGACAGCACCAAAAUACACCAUGCAGAAUUGAGUGUCCAAUCUUUCAAAGUUUUCACGCAGAGGAUGUGCAGCCCCCCCUCCUUUCAGGCCCAUCUAAUAUGCCUCUUUUUUGUAGGAGAGUUGAAGAGGUCUUGAACCAACCUUUUUUUUUAUAGAAGGCAUGAAGCAUUUAAAAAAACUGGAAUUGGUUAGGAUGGGGGGGGGCAUUAGGGGCAUCCAUGCUAAGGUAUUGACAUUAUAGAUGUUAUAGAUGUUACCUGAUACUAAGGCUAACAUGGGUGUCACAAAGGGGGAGAGAAGGGGGCUCACACUGUGUCAAAUAGAGGGUACUCACCAGAUUGUCAUGUCAACCUCCAUGCCAUGUUUUACUUAUGUGACAAAAAGAUUCUUACAAAGUAGGGGGGGGGGGUCAUGGGCACCCCAGGAUCCCCCUAGCCAGAGAGUUCCAUGUAAUUUUAUAGUGUAUAAUGUAUAAUUAUCAUGGAUACAUCUUUUCAUAUUUUAGGACACAUUUCUCCCACAUGUUGAAAAUGGAACCAUUACGUUGAUAGGAGCAACUACAGAGAAUCCUUCAUUCCAGCUUAACAAUGCACUUCUAAGUCGCUGUAGAGUUAUUGUACUUGAAAAGCUUACUGUAGAUCAUGUGGAACAAAUUCUAAGAAAUGCUGUAAACUCUCUUGGCAUGCUAGUGGGUUCAAGGGACUCACUUGUAACAAACAAGAGACAAGCCUCAUCUGAGUAAGUCAUUUAAUUACUUUCUAUAUAUAUGUAAUUACAUGGUUAGGUUUCUAAUUCAAGAGUAAUCCAGUCUUGGCAAAGUAAAACUGAUGAGUAAAUUGGUAAUGGUAAUAGGACUGGGUGGAGUUAAAUCAGUUUGUAAUCAUAUGAGUGAUAACAAAAUUGGACACACACCAGCAGGAGUCAGAUUUGUUUAUCACAUGUAUGAUUACAGACCUAAUCAAAACUACAACAAAAUUCUCAAAUGUGAUUGGUUAUCACCAGACUGAUUUGAACACUAAUAGGACAGUGUACAUGUCAUGCUUGUAAUUGGACAGUGUAAUAGGACUGUUAAAGGGACAGUUAACACAUUAUGCCCGUGUAAGUGGACAGAACAUGUUGUGAGCACGCACUGUUGUCUCACAUUUUGCCAAGUUAACUGUUGAUAUUUUCAUGAAAACGUAUAACUAAUGUCUAGCUUCUUUCUCAAAUUUUGUCAUCAUUUUAAUUAAUUGGUAACAGGACUUUGUGUCAUCCAAUUCAGUUUGUAAUCAUACAAGUGAUCAACAAAUCGGACUCCCACUUUGUGGCCAUCCAAUUUUGUCAAUCACUUGUAUAAUUACGGACUGAAUUAAAUUUCACUCAGUCCUAUUACCAUUAUGAAUUGGAUGACACAAAGUCUUACAACCAAUUAAUCAUAAAAAUUACAGUUUUGGGGAAAAAAAGAAUAGCCAAGUCAUGAAAGAAAGGGAAAAUUUGCAUUAAAAGACUAAUAAAGAGAUUUAAAUUGUUUAAUGUCGCUCUGAGAUUGGUUGUGAUUGAUUGAUUGGUUAUUGAACUGUCCAAUAGCAAACUGUACAAUAACAACUUGGCAAGUGAAUUAGUGGAAAAUGGAAGUUUUUUAAACAAAUCACAAUAGAAGAAAUUGUAAUUUUUAUGAUUAAGUAUGAAACACUGUUGUUGUACAAAUUUAGGGAUCUGUUGCUUCCCUAGAAAGGAUGUAAAAUCCUUAGGAGUUUCUCUAGAUUGAACACAAACCAUUCUAACAAGUACCUCACACAUGUCACAGAGUAUGUCCUUAAGAAUUUUACUCUGUUCUUUUGUAUUUAUUUUUCUUUUUUACAAAAUCGUAAUGUCAUUUUUUAUUAUUUUUCCUGAUAGUGGUGACUUGCAUGUGGUUAUAGAAGAAAAUGCUAUUAAAACUCUAGCCAACUUGUGUGAUGGUGAUGCUAGGAUUGCCCUCAAUGGUCUUCAACUUGCAAUACAGUCACAAGUGGCCACAGUAAAACAAAAACCAAAGAAGCAGGACACAAAAGAACUAAAUGGCUCUCCAUCAUUGCAACAAAACCGUUCACCUAACAUAGAUACUGAUCCCCAUGGAGAUGAUGAAGAACUAGUUUAUAUCAAUGUAUCUCACAUCAAAGAAGGUCUUCAAAAGACUCACUUGCUUUACGAUAGGAAUGGUGAAGAACAUUAUAACAUCAUUUCUGCCCUACACAAAUCAAUAAGGGGGAGUGAUGAAAAUGCUGCUUUGUACUGGCUGGCAAGAAUGCUUGUUGGAGGAGAAGAUCCUCUCUAUGUUGCCCGCAGAUUGGUGAGAUUUGCUAGUGAAGAUGUUGGUAAGUGAGUGGGUUAAUUUUUUUACUGUACCUCAAUUUUGUGGGGUGUUUUGUUAAUUGUUUAAUUUUAUACCUUUUCAAUUUGGAAAGUAGAAAGUGAUGUGAAUAAUAAUUUUGAUACCCACCUUGCAAGGAGAAAGUAUAGUUGAUUGUCAAUAAACAAGACAGCACCAUUUGCACAAUAGCUUCCCACAUGGGUAAGCAAGGUCAUCAGUAAUCCUUCCUGUUAAUUCGAGAGUAGCAUUCAUUUAUUUGUCUUUUACAUUAACACCACAGACAUUCAAAAUGCUCAAUUACUAUUAUCACAUUUUAACCCUCAUCUGUAGGUUUAGCAGACCCACAGGCCUUGAACCAAGCUGUGGCCUCUUAUCAAGCCUGCCAUUUUAUAGGAAUGCCAGAGUGUGAUGUAAGCUGUGUGUUCAGAAAUGUUUAACAGUAUCAUUCUAAUCAAGUGUCAAAAAGGAAAAGGAACUGCGUUGGUUUCACUUGAGUGUGUUCUUUGAUUGGUUCAGAAAAUCUGUGUGAAAAUCAAUCAGAUGCAAAACUAAAUUUGACUGAAGCAUAUGCAUGUAAACAGGCGCUUAUUAUUAAAGCUUUGGCACAAGACUGCCUUUGCCUGCGGUAAAAUAUGAGGCCUUGAGCAAGGCAAAGUGUCCAGCACUAAUAUUAGUGCCAGAUCCCCAGAGAAGCUCUCUCUGACUCAUCUCAAAUCUUCUAGCAGCUAGGCUGAGAUAUGUACCUCCAGCAGGCAGUUAAUGAAGGUCUGCUGGCUGGCUAGUUCAACAGUGACUUAUUUGGGCCCUUAGACCUCCUUUCCCCUGAUGGUGAUUACAUUUAUUUACUUUCAAUUGAGUUUAAAUUUGCCUCGUGUAAGUUUUACCCUUAUGAUUGACUGUGUUAUUUUUUAUGAAUCCAAUAAACAAGAAUUCUAUUAGAGAAAGAUGCUUUUCAUCUUGUCUCAAGGGUGAGACACAGGAAAAAUUUUGAGUCCCAUGAGGAAUCGAACCUCAGACAUUCAGAUUCUACACUCCAAUGCUCUACCACUGAGCCUCAGAGAUUCUAUGGCUAGCAAGAUCCAUUACGAAGUGCAUGGUUUAGUUUGUACUUUAACUUAGAAAAUUUCAGGAAAAGGCAGUUUUAGUUGUAUAAUAUGUCAAUGAUUGCCAUUGAUGUAAUGGACUCUGAUUCGCUGCUAAAGCAAAUAAUUAUAUCCAGAAAUUAGUUUAUGUGAAAACUCACCACAUCUGGUGUGUUUUGGCCCCUUGAAACUGGUUCCAAAUUAUGAUGAUCUUAUCGUCACUCAUUUGAUUAGUAGUUAUCAACAACAUAUUCCUUAAUCCUUUACACCCUAACAUCAGUAUGCAUAUUCUCCCUACUGUUCUCUAUAUAUUUCUUAGGGUGUUGACAAGGAGAAUUUGUGUAAAAAUCAAGAGUUUCUUCAGUUGGUGAUCAUUUCCUUUAUUCUUAUGACAUUAAUUUGUGAUUCAAGGGUGAUAUUGUAAGGAGAAUUAGAAAUCAGUCACUCUGAGAGGAAGAAGGGCUAAGUGGCCACCAAUGAUUUAAUAGCAGGUUGCACAGUGAGUCAAAACCCAAACAAGAGAGUAUCCUUACAGGCAAAACAGAUGAUAGUGAGAGUCUUACAUGCGGCAGUAGACCACUGGUAACCAGCUUAUAUUGAAACUCGUCAUCAUUGUCUUCUGUAUGAUUUAAUAUUUGAUUUUAAUGUUAUUUUGUAAUCCUUACACAGGUUAUAUUGGCUCAAGCUGUUGUUUACCUUUCAAGAGCUCCAAAAUCCAUUGAAAUAUUUAAUGCAUACGGUGAAGCCAAGAAGUGUGUGCGCAGUUGGGAGGGUCCACAGCCAACAGUACCCUUGCACAUCAGAAAUGCCCCAACUAAACUGAUGAAAAGUUUGGGUUACAGUGCAGGAUACAAGUAUAAUCCCUCAUUUGAUGGCCCUGUUGAUCAGACUUAUUUACCUCCAGAAGUGCAAGGUGUUGAUUUCUUUACAUGGAGCAAAAACAAAUCUGGGGGAAAUGAUGUUUAAGAAAUGCGGUGUUCCACAUUCCAACAUAGCAUUUUUUUUCUCAAGGAUAGAGUUACUGGAUAUUUUGAAUAGUUUCAUGUUGUGUUUUUUAAAUAGAGUAAGACAGAUAGGAGUCUUCCUCAAGGAAUCAAAUUGCAAACAUUAAGACUUCCGAUGUUCUACCAUAGAGAUACAAAUAAUUUUUUUGAUUGAGCAGUGUUGAAAGCACUGUGCACCUAUAAAGGAGUAGGAAAGAUGGUAAUUUCUAAGCUUAGUGGUUAAACAAAAAAAGUUAAUUCUUCUGUUGUAGGUGUUAGACAUGGAAAAAAUUUAUACUAAGUACAUCUCAAGGUAUUGUUAUAUACCUAGACUUACACUAAACAGAACAAGCACUGUGAUUGGUUGAUUCUUGGUUAUGUGCCACUGAUGAAAUUCAAAUGUAUCCCGACCAGGAUACAAUUGCACAGUCGUUGCCUGCGCACAGAAUACAACAGCGGGUGAUUGCCAUAUGAUUGAUUAAGGGAAAGUUUAAAUAUAUAACAAAGCACUUAGUGUAUGGUCCCUCGCGAAACUAGUUAAUUUUGUUUUCUCUUAAGUCUUGAUGUUUUCCUUAACUUUAUCUCAGGAAACAUCAGGCCUUUCGGGAAAACAAAACUAACUGUUUCCCUGCGACUAUACAUUAAGUGUAUAGUAUUUUCAUUACCUAUUUGCAGGACAGUCUACAGGCAUUAUAGGGAGAAGUUAUCUGUUAAUCACUUCCAAGAGUUUAAGGGUUAAAUGAAUCAAAAUGAAAAAAUAAAUAUGAAUAAGGGAAUAUUUUAAUUACCUAACAUAGAAAUGAUGUUUAAAAUAUUUUUCGUAACAGUACUUUUUUUUUUUCACGCGAAAAUCACUUCGAUAACGUUUCGCGAAAAAAUGUAUAAAAAAUUGUAGUUUGACAGGUCUUGGUAAA